AGUGACGGGAGAGAGCGAGUGGGGAGGAGGAGGAGGAGGAGAGGGCGAGCUGGCGAGUUCCGCUCGCGCUGCGUUUCCAGGGCGGCCGCACGAGUGGAGUCGGAGCCCGGACCCGUCCCCGCCCGCAGGCCCAGGCACAGGCCCAGGCCGCAGCUCGCUAAUCAAACAACAGAUGAAGGUUGGGAGAGAGCCGUUACAAUUUGUAAAUAAAGCAUUUUGAUUUUGGUUAUCAUAAAAUUUGUGAAGAAUUCGAACAGUCUUGACCAUGUCGGUGGAUAUGAAUAGCCAGAGUUCUGACAGUAAUGAUGACUAUAAUGGAGACUCGGAAGAGGACCAGGGAGAUAUGCGUGACUAUUACGAUGGGGUAGCGGGCGAUGUGGAACAGCAAGGCGCAGACGCCUUUGAUCCAGAAGAAUACCAGUUCACAUGUCUGUCAUAUAAGGAGUCAGAGAAUGUACUAAAUCAACAAGUUGACUUAAUGGCAGACACUUUAAAGGUAGAACCAUCUGUAGCCAAGCUUAUUUUAGUUAACUUCCAUUGGAAGUCCUCUGAUAUUUCAGAAAGGCAUAAAUCUAACCCAACUCAGCUUCUGGUGGAAGCCAGGGUUCAGCCAAAAAUAAUAAAAAAUAUGUUUAUUCAUUCUUCUCAUCCCUGCGGCGUGUGCCUGCAGAAUGUCCGGAAGGAGAACUUAAUGUCCUUACCCUGCCUUCAUACGUUCUGCCGCAGUUGCUGGGAACAGCACAGUACUGUGCUGGUGAAAGAUGGCAUUGGAGUAGGCAUAUCCUGUAUGGCGCAAGACUGCUUGCUUCGAACGCCUGAAGACUUUACUUUUACUUUGAUCUCUAAUGAAGAACUCAAAGAAAAAUACAGGCGCUACCUCUUCAGAGAUUAUGUGGAGAGCCACUACCAACUGCAGCUUUGUCCCGGUGCUGACUGUCCGAUGGUGAUCCAGGUACAGGAACCGAAAGCUCGGCGAGUGCAGUGCAGCCGCUGUAAUGAAGUCUUCUGCUUCAAGUGUCGCCAGAUGUACCAUGCUCCCACUGACUGUCACACGAUUAAAAAGUGGCUCACCAAAUGUGCUGAUGAUUCGGAAACUGCAAAUUACAUCAGUGCGCAUACAAAAGACUGUCCUAAGUGCAGUAUUUGCAUUGAGAAAAAUGGAGGGUGUAAUCAUAUGCAAUGUUCAAAAUGCAAGCAUGAUUUCUGUUGGAUGUGCCUGGGAGACUGGAAGACCCAUGGCAGCGAGUAUUAUGAAUGCAGUCGGUACAAAGAGAAUCCUGACAUUGUGAACCAGAGUCAGCAGGCACAGGCCAGGGAAGCCUUGAAGAAAUACUUGUUCUAUUUUGAAAGGUGGGAAAACCACAACAAAAGCCUGCAACUGGAAGCACAGACAUACCAGCGGAUUCAAGAAAAAAUUCAGGAGCGAGUUAUGAAUAAUUUGGGAACAUGGAUUGAUUGGCAAUAUUUACAGAAUGCUGCCAAGCUGCUUGCCAAGUGUCGGUACACCUUGCAGUAUACGUACCCAUACGCCUAUUAUAUGGAGUCUGGGCCCAGGAAGAAACUGUUUGAGUACCAGCAAGCGCAGCUGGAAGCGGAGAUUGAGAAUUUGUCGUGGAAGGUGGAGCGAGCAGACAGUUAUGACCGAGGGGAUCUAGAGAACCAAAUGCAUAUAGCAGAGCAGAGACGUAGGACACUGCUUAAAGAUUUUCAUGACACGUCAGACUAAAGUACUGUGGACACGGUGUCACAUUGAAUAAGGCCUUGGCUGGGAAAGAUGAAGAAAUAUUGGCUUUGGUUCCUUGUUUCUUUUAUCAUCUGUCAUCCUUUGGUUUUUCUUAUGUUUGUUGGAGUAGUCAGCAACACUCAUGGAUCGUUCCAUUCAUGAGCUAUGGUAGUGUUAGACUUUUUUUAGUGGGUGAAAAAAAAGAUGUAUUUCUUUUUUUUUUUUAAAGGAGAAUGUGUUAAAGGAAAAGGAAAUUGUUGAAUCUUUAAAGAAGCCUUGCCUUUUACAAACACAUUUGGAGAGAUGGGAAGGAUUGCCGAAGCCUCAAUAUCCCGCAGAUUUUUAAUGUAGGUUUUCACUAGAACAAGAAUAUUUGGGACGUGUGUGGCACAAACUAAUUAUAUCGUGCACACUGGCACCACAGCACGCUGCAGAAGCAACAGCUGGGAAUUGAAAACUGCUUAAAGAGGAGUUGUUUGGGAAUUAUUUGGUUUCCUGGUAUCUUGCUUUAUCGUUAGUUGCCUGCUUUGGCUGGGAACAAUUGCAUUGCCGUUUGAUUUGAAGGGGGGGAUUACGUCAAUAUUAAUGUAUAUGUGGAUGGAGGAGGUGAACAAUCUUUGUGACGUGUGGUGAACUUCCUAAUACCUUCUGUAGAGCACACAAAAUAUCUGCCCCUAUCUCCCUCCCCCCCCCAACCCAGGUGCAAAGGGAAAGUGACAACAGGUAUGCUGUUACUAUGCUCUGAAUUUUGAGCAGAACAGCUGAUUACUUAAACAGGCAGUGAUGUUCAUGAGCUUCAUGAAAUACCUGUCUCGUUGCCACUUCCUCCGCACCCUACCAUGCACAGCAAUUUGUUACAACCUUAUCUGAUCAGCAUCAACAAUUUUUAAAGUAGUUUAAAUCUUUUUUUUUUAAAUAAAUAAAAAAGUGUUUUGAGCUUUUUCCCCAGACCCACUUUGUGUAACGGUUUAGUGAUGUACUUACUAUUGGUAAAAUGGGGUCCUGGUUGUGUAUGUGGGUUGCCAGGAUAUAUAAAUAUGUUUUUAUACAUUUCAUAUUUGUCACACUACCUCGAGUGCGCUCAGCAUUCUGAUCCACAAUAGUAAGAAGAGUAAAAAAAUCCAUAUUUUGGUUUUGGUUUUUUGCUUGGGGUUGGUGAGUAGGAGCUAUUUAUGACGUUAAUCUUUUUCUCCACGACCUCCCACGCCCUCCCUGACGUUGCAGCUGAGAGGUUGUGUAACUGCUGUAAUGUUUUCAACUAAUUGUGCUUUGUGCAGCAAUAGAACCACUGUAUCUUCUUUACUGGUAUAAAAACUAUUUAAUUCCACUGGCUUGCCAUUGUGUGAAACCUUGCCAACUGCUCUCCGCUCGAGUGGCACCUUGCAGAGUGUGACACCGUGCCAGGCGUCUAGGCUAUGCUCUGGGUGAAUUUGACCAUGUCACUUGUUUCCAUAUUGACUCUUCCCUCUCUUGUCGACCUGUGAUGAAGCUCUGUAAAGUUAAAUGACAUCUGCGACCAGUGAAGAUCCAACCAACCUGCUUCACUGACAUAGAUCACCGUAACUGCUACAAAACUGAUGGAGAGCCUGGCAGCAAUAUUGACCAUUCCAUAUGAUUUAUUUUUCAUCCUUUGAAGCCAAGAGUUUGGAAAUUCAUCUCGUUGAGAACCAAUAUGAUUUUUUUUCACCCCCCACCCUUAAUGCCAAGGAUCUCUUUGCAAGCAAUAAAAAUGUUUGUUUUUCUAUUCUGCAGCAUAACUAGUUGGAAGAUUUCAACAAGAAAUUUUAAUUUGAGCUUGUUACGAUGCAUGCUCAAGGUUUGCAGUGUUAUUGAACCCACUUGAAUUAUUACCUUGUAGCUGCUGCCCUCUUAUCUGAAAUGUGAGCUGAAUCACAUGGAUAACAUUGAAUAAAUCUCACAGCUAUGUAGAUUAAACCUUAA